UGUAAAAAGCACGACGGAUAUUAUCGAGUCGCUCUCGCGUGAAACUCGUUUACGCGCGUAUGCGACACGAUUUAAUUACUUUCCAAGAGAACGAGCCUAGCUUUUAAUAUAAAUGGGAUUUUUCUCUGUCGCUAGACAGUCGAUUUCAUGCCCCCUCGAUUUCGCCCUUUUUGCCGAGUGAAAUGAGUCGCAUGAAAUUUUCUGUCCGUUAAUCGUCGUCUCUCUUAUGACUUUUGAAUCUUUUUAAAUUAAUCGUUUUAUCCGUACAACAAAGUACAUGGAAAUUCAAAUCUUCAAACGUUGAUUGUGCCCAUACUAAAUCAUAUUUAUUUUAAUUUCACCUCGUUUCUCGAAGAUAUGCUAUUGAAAAAAUUUAUCAAACUACCUAACCUAGCAAAAUGGCCGCCCAAGAUACUACUAUCCAAGAAGAUGGCUUUGGAUUUGUACCGAGGCCAGAUAUUAAGUCAUAUGGAAGAUCUUAUGAGAUAGUGAGAAGAUAUACCUUGACGAAUAAACAAAAAGCAACGGUUCGAUUGAUAUCCUGGGGAGCGGGAAUACAAUCUAUCAAAGUACCUAAUAAAAAAGGUGUAUUAGGUGACAUUGUUUUAGGAUUUGAUGACAUGAACGGAUAUUUGGAGAACAGGUAUACAGGAAGUAUCAUUGGCCGUCUAGUAAAUCGCGUUGCUAAUGGUAAAAUGCGUAUUCAGAAGACUAUCUAUUCCUUGUCGAUCAAUGACAAAUGUGAAAGGGAUCACAUUCAUGGCGGAGUAGUUGGGUUUGAUAAUGUUAAUUGGAAUUCGUAUAUACUGAACAAACAAGUGGUAAUGUCUCAUCUAAGUCCUGCGGGUAGAGAAGGAUAUCCCGGUUAUAUGUUGACGCAAGUGAAAUAUACUUGGACGGACGAUAAUCAAUUGCAUAUCAAUAUUCGUGCUACUGCUACCGAGCCAACACCAGCUAACGUCACUAAUUAUUGUUUGUUAAAUUUGGCUGGCCAUGCUGCGGGUCCUAAAGAAUUAAAAAAACACGUUGUAACGAUAAAUGCCGAUAGUUGGACGUUCAUGGAUAUCAAAGACUAUUUGCCGACCGGUGUUAUUCAUUCUGUCGAGAAUACGGUCUAUGACUUACGCUUACCGACACAAUUAACCAAAGAAAUACUUUAUCGCGUACCGGGAGGAGGUUACAACCAUAAUCUAUGUAUUUGUAGUCCAAGUUCUUGGUGUUAUCGAUUUCAUGCUAGGAUCAUACAUCCUGAAUCAGGAAGGACUUUAGAAAUUUAUUCCAAUCAUCCUGGCUUACAAUUUUAUACUGGAAACGAUUUGCCUGAUCCUGAACUUCUUUAUCCACCAGAUAGCGAGAAUUAUAUACCAGAAUUUUGUGAUUACAGGGUAUGA